AUGAUCCCAAGCAAAGAUGACAUAGCUGAUCAACUCUCUGAUCUUGCCAGCUUUUCACCCGAUGAAGCUGAUAGUAUGAUUCAAAGUGCAGCUGGAAGGUCUCCUUUACCUUCUCCACCUCCUCAUUGCGCUUCAUUUUCAUCUUUACAUCAACUUUCUCACAAACCUGAAGCUCGUCCUUCUACACCAGAUCAUGAACUUAUUGAUCAAACUGAAUGGGAUCAUCUUUCAUUUUCUACUCAAUCUUCACCUGAAAAAAAUUCAUCACAUCCUUCAAGUUCACCUAAUGAUUAUGAUUUAAAUCAUUCACCUCACCUUCUUUCAUCAUCAAAUCAACCUAAUUGUUUUUAUCCAUCUUGUUCACCUACUCCAAGUUACAUCAAUCUUGAUUCAAACAAAUCAUCUGUUUCUAAUUUGAAAACUUCAAAUCAUCAUCUUAAGGAAUGGCGAAAAUCAUUACCAGCGCCAGAAGUCGUACCACCAGAAGCUACGAUAUCUGAAUUGUUAGGUGUAAGUACGAGAAUAGAAAGACGUCUUUCGAUUGAAGAUGAUAGACAGUCACUACAAAACGAUCUGGAUGAAAGCUCAGAACUUAGACCUCGUGAUAAUUCUCAGGAGAUUUCUAGAAGCUCAAAAGAACUCGAAAAGGAGGAAACACGCGAUACUCAAACCGAACCUAUUCCUGAAGGAAUGUCUAGUAGCGAUACGAAAUCAGAUCUACACAAUCGGCUCACAUACUCACAUCUCGCUCUAUUAGGAAGUAUAUCUUGCUCUGCCACUGCUAUCAUCUACGCACGGAUGAUGUCGAACGAAGGACAAGUUUCUGACGAAGUACAACAACCAAAUCUGGAGGGACCAAUAACUGAUACCGAUUCGCCUGAUGUCGAUAUUCCAGAUAAUGCAGCUAGUGCAAAUGUUUUACCAGAUGUUAAAGACUCUGAUCAACCUGCACAAAUCGCUGAGACCGAAAAAGAAUUGGUUGGACCAGAGUCAAUGAUUGAUACAUUACAAGAUCCACCUCUGAUUUCUGUUGUUCAAGACACGGUUCAGGAAUCUAGUUCAGUUUCUAUUGACUCAGAGAUCGACUCCUUAAAGAUUGAAGACUCCAUAAUAAUACCUACACAAGAAAUUGAGAUGAAAGAAAUCCUUCAAAGUGAAAUAUUGAAUUCAAAUCGAGAAAAACAAAUUGAUCCACCUUCUUCCUCUUCUUUAGUUUCUUAUUUUACUAGUUCAUAUGGGAUUUGGAGUUUUCUUAUGAUUUUAUUAUUAUUUUGGAAAAUUAAAACAAGUUCAAGUUCAAAGUACAAAGAUUCUCAAAAACCAAAAAAUCAAAACAUAUUAGUAAAAAAAGAAAUCAAUGAAAUUGAACAUAAACCAAUAAUUUUAUCUGAUUUACAAAAAGAUCAAAUCAAAUUUAGUUUAAAAAAGAUAUUUGAUAUUUUAGAUGGGAAGUAUAUACCUCAAGAUAAAGAAACAGUCGUGAUGAUCUUAAAAAGUAUUAUUAGUUAUUCUUGGAUAGUCAGACCGUUUUAUACAGAAUUGAUUAAUCGUUUAAUGUUUAAAUCAAAUCGAAAUUCAAACAGAUCUAAAGUUGAUCGAGUAAUCAUGAUGAAAUUGAUUAGAUUAUUAAAACAAAAGAAAUUAAUUCAAGAAGAUCUUGAUGGAAAAAUGAAUGAUGAAGAAGAUGAAGAAGAAGGAGAUAUGAAAUGGAAUUAUGAACAACUCUUAUUAUUGGAAGCGAUUCAAGAAAUCGAAACCGAAACCGAAACCAAACCUGAAAUAAAAGGAAAAGGAAAAGGAAGCACAAGCAAACCAAGAAGGAAAUCUAAAAGUUCAGAAAUUAAAAUCAAAGCGGAAGAAGAAGAAGAUCAAAUCGAACCAGAAAUCGUUUCUGAAACUGAAACAAUCUUACCAACAAGCCAAGCUAAAACCAAAAAACUUAAAUCAAACAAAAAGAGUUCCAAAAAGAAUCAAGAAGAAAUUAAUCAAGACCAAAUUGAUAGUGGUCGUAGAAGAUCAAGUGUUCGAAUCAAAUCUGAACCUAUCGAAGAACCUAAACCUGAUUUUACUCAAAACGUUAUGAUUAAUAAGAAAACUAGUAGGAAAAGUCAAGCUGGGAUCAAUCAUACAACCCCUACUGCUGUUGCUUCUGUUCCUGUAAGAUCGAGUCCAAGGAAUAAAAAAUUGUGA